ACCAGAGCCGCCGCCAUGUUCCGUGCUCUCCUUCUUGCCGCCUGCAUGGCCUCCGCCUCGGCUUUCAUGCCGACCACCUCCGUCCUCCCCAAGGCUGCCACUGCCCGCGCUGCCGUCUCCCGUGGACCCAGCAUGCAGGACCGCUUUGCCUACAAGACCUCCUGCGGAUAUGACAUUGAGGCUCCCUACUGGGCUGUCAACGGAGGAGUCUUUGGAUGGCCGGACGUGAUCUGGGCUCGUGAGGCUGAGGUCAAGCACGGACGCAUUGCUAUGCUCGCCGCCACUGGUCUCAUCGUCCAGGACCUCUUCACCUUCCCCUUCUACAGCAAGUGGUACACCGGCGAGAAGGUCUGGGCCCUCCACGACAAGCUCGUCAAGGUUGGCGCUGCCUGGCAGGUUCUCCUCUUCCUCUUUGCCCUCGAGAUCCCCUUCAUCCAGAAGGCCAUUGACGGAACCCUCGAUGGAACUGGUGACUAUGGCUUCGAUCCCCUUGGCCUCAAGUCCGACCGCCGUGCCGUGACUGAGAUCAAGAACGGCCGCCUUGCCAUGAUCGCCUUCGGAGGAAUGAUGCAGCACUACCUCCUCACCGGCAAGGGACCUGUUCAGUUCAUCACCCAGAUCCCCAACUUCAAGUCUUGCGUUGCCAACGCUGCCGCCCUCCCCGGCGCCAAGGUUGCUUCCCUCCCCUUCUUCGGCAAGACCCUCGAGGUUGCCUCUGCCCUCUGCAGGUAAAUGUUGUGGCGUAGUGCAUACAAAGGUUUGCUGGAAAUAAAAACAUGCUUACCGCAAGUUAUGU